GAGGAGGGUCUCCUGUCCCCUUCCUCACCGCUAUUUGGUCCCCCAUCACCUCCAACUGAAUUAGGGGAGAAGAGUGGAGGAGGGAAGGGACCCUUUAUCUUCACGGCGCUGUGAAAGGGAGAAAAGGAACACCCCUUUCUUUCUCCCCUCUUCUCUUUCUCUAGCAUUGCAUUGUGGGAGUUGGAGUCCAUGUCCGCUGGCUUCUGCGCGUGGCGAUGUUGCUUGAGCACUACAACUCCCAGAGUGUAACGCGCUGCCAACUGUCUUUCUCACACUCCCUCCUUUCACUUCCACCGCUCAGUCCUCUUUUGGGGUCAGAGGGUUGCAGCUUGAGAGCGAACCCAGAACUCCUUGGCCUGGGGAAAAAUUCAGAUUUUCAGCUGAGCUCUCAUCUAUCAACACUGGCAAAUAUUCACAAGAUUUACCACACUCUUAAUAGGCUGAAUUUGACAGAAGACGUUGGUCAAGACGAUCCCCAAACAGGAAGUCUCAGGUCGUGCAGUUCAUCAGACUGCUUCAGUAAAGUGAUGCCUCCAAGAAAAAAGAGGCGACCUGCAGCUGGAGAUGACCUGUCGGCUAAAAAAAGUAGACAUGAUGGAAUGUACAGAAAAUAUGAUUCUGCUAGAAUAAAGACAGAAGAUGACAUGUUCUCAAGCAAAAGGUGCUUAGAAUGGUUCUAUGAAUAUGCAGGAACAGAUGAUAUUGUGGGUCCUGAAGGAAUGGAGAAAUUCUGUGAGGACAUUGGGGUUGAACCAGAAAAUGUAGUCAUGCUUGUUUUAGCUUGGAAGCUGGAUGCUCAGAACAUGGGUUACUUUACGUUGCAAGAAUGGUUAAAAGGAAUGACAUCCCUGCAAUGUGAUACAACAGAGAAGCUAAGAAAUUCUUUGGAUUAUUUGAGAUCUUUAUUAAAUGAGCCUACAAAUUUUAAACUUAUUUACAGAUACGCAUUUGAUUUUGCACGCGAAAAGGACCAGCGAAGCCUAGAUAUAAAUACUGCCAAGUGUAUGUUAGGACUUCUUUUAGGAAAAACAUGGCCCCUCUUUCCAGUAUUUCACCAGUUCCUAGAGCAAUCUAAGUACAAGGUCAUCAACAAGGACCAAUGGUGCAACGUUCUGGAAUUCAGCAGAACCAUUAAUCUUGACCUUAGCAAUUAUGAUGAAGAUGGAGCAUGGCCAGUGUUGCUGGAUGAAUUUGUGGAGUGGUAUAAAGAGAAACAAAUGACAUAGGAAUUUUAACUAUGCACAGCCGCUCAAGAGUCUUUGUUACUACAGUUAUGUCAACCAUUAGCCAUAAACUGCUAUUUGUAUAAAAGCGCAUGCUGCUUUUCCUGCACUGUAUCCCAUUUUUGGGGACCUUUUGAUGUUUUGCUGUUUAACAGGCCAGCUCUGCUUGCUGUGUAGCAUUGUUCUCUUUGAAGGCUGCUUUGCAUUUUUUGUAUCUACACUACAGAUGGUGAACUUACCAGCAUCCUCACUGUGAUUUAUGUGUAUAUUGCUGUCUAAACUUUGUAUAUGUGUAUAAAAAAGCUUCACCUAGGAAUUAUUUCAGCAGAAAUGUAUUGUAAAAAUAAUUUUGUGGCACAUUUCUAGUUGCAUUAAAUAACCAUGUAACUUAAUUUUUAAUUUAGUCUCAGAUGUGACAUUUCAGAAAAAAGUGAUGGUUGGGACAGUUACCAUGUGGAACUAUUGCCAGUUAGCAACAUUGUUUAAGAUGCCAAUUUUUGAGAGGCAAUCCUGCAGUAUGAUUUCUUCACAUGCAGAUGCCCAACUUCAGUUUUGUUUAGUAAGCAAGUAUUGGCUGUCUUUUUUUAUUGAAAAAAUUGUAAUAGCUUGAAUAUAGUUGUAUAUGCCACAAUGACUUCCAUUUGAUGAUAAUGCUAAUUUCCUAAUACUCAGAUUUCUGUAGUUUGCAAAUAGGUAGCUGUGGUCAAAUUAAAUCUGAUUAAAACGGGUUUUAGACUUGUAAAA